AUGUCGUGGAAGGGCAUCACCUCCCGGAAGAAUCUCCUCGCUCUCUCCAGAUCCCCAGUCCGGGCAAAUGCCCCCAGGAUGCUGUUCUUGGUCACCAGAUUCACGCUCGGCGCCCUCUCAAACGCCGCGAGCGCCUCAUCGAUCUCUCCAUUCGCUGCGAAAGCCGCGAUGAGGAUGUUCCAGCUAUACUGGUUCUUCUCCUGGAUCGAAUCAAACGCGGCCUUGACGCUUGCUGGGCGAUCGGCACUGCUCGAGAGGGACAGGAUCCCGGCGUGGAGGCGCCGCGCGCGGUCUAGAUCCCCGGCAGCGCCGCAAGCUCUCAGCGAUUCGGCAAAGGAGCUUCUAAAGCUACGCUGGAAGAGGUCGGCAUUUGGGCUUAUCAUUGACAUAAUCACGUCCAAAGAUCUGGGAAGCAUAUCGAUCACUACUUUCAUCCACUUUCUUGCUAGGCUUGAUGCUCAUCAUGCUCUGCAGGAGAACUUGGCACUCCUCAAUGGACUCGAUCCAACUACUUUCGUGCUAGACUCUCGAAGUUUUCGACACCUUGUCAACAUGGGAAAUCUCCACAAGUUUGUGCUCAUCGCCUCGCUGUUGGUGGUGUGCAUCGAAGCAAACAGCACGCUGGAUGUCUUCACGGUGGGGUGCCAAGAUCCCGGAACAAGCUUCACUGCAUCAACAGCCGGUUCUUCGUGCUCCAGCACUUGCUUGGUUGACAUCCCCCUUGGCUAUAGAUUCAGGUUCGAUGGGCAGCUCGGCCUCCUCUUUAGCCUGCCCAACUGCCUUGGCACGACCACGGUCUUGAAUUCCACCCGAGAAGUUUGUGCAGUGGGGAGCUCCAGCCCAAUCAAGUCUUUCAAGUUCGCCUGUGUCAACUAAGUUUGCAGUACUGAUCCGAUAUGUAUCUUCGAAGUCCCUCUAUAAGUACAUCCAUUCUUGUUUCUGGUCGCUUGUUUUUGGAAGAGCGUGCUGAAGUGUCGUAUGG